CUACGAUGACGCCGCAACGGCUACUGCGUUCGAUUAUUAUUGGAAGAAGCUCGAAGGAAGUCCCUCUAGCACCUCUAAUCUUCAUACGCUAAGGGCAUGUAUCCGCCUUCUUCCACCCUCUUCUCCUAUCGAAAGAACAAUGUUGUUAUACGGGAGAGUCAGUGAUCUAAUCCUCAGCCGCAUCCCGAUAGAGUCGAACGAUGUAGACCGCUUGUACACACUUGCCGACAUGUCCGUGAGCAAUGCGCAGGUCGGAUCCAAGAUCUUUAGCCAAUUGGUCGACUAUUUGGUCAAAAUUACUGGAGAUGAGUUGUUCUGGAACGACUCGGAAGAACUGGUGUAUCGCGGAGAGAGCUCAUCGAGAGAGGAACAUGUGCACAGAGCGCUGGCCUAUCUCAACUUCCUGAGGGUCUCCUACUGGCUUCCUCCGGCACAGAAUCAUUACAUAACGCCGGAGAUUCUCGAACUCCUGGUUAGCUGUGUUGGCAAAGACGUUGUUGACGAAGCCGUGCACGACACCUUGUCUGCCUUGCUUAACCUGUUGGCCAGGCCACCUAUAGUUGCGCUGUGCAUGGAUAAGGCCACGGAUCCUUGGUUACGCAUAGACCCCGAACUCAAGAAGCCGGUCGCCAAGACCGAUAUGAUUGGACACUCAUUCUUCGUGCGACUCCUUGAGCUCCCUCCCGAAUAUUUCUCCAUCAACGCCGGGAAGGCCUUCAGGACCUGGUUUCAGUGGGUGGUCUACGCGUGUGCGAAUGGUUUGGAGCUCGAAUCUGUAUAUGAUCCGCUGUACUGGUCAAGGCUUCGUAUAGGCCUGUUGGAAGGCUUUGCCGAUCAGCGCAAGUACUGCCUCGGAAUACUCCGCCAAUCGCUAUUGCUUGCCCAACGAAACAUCGACACACCACAGAUGGUUGUGUCUAUUGAACGGCGAUCAACAUAUGAGACACAAUACGAAAGGUUCUCAACACUGUUCGAAACAAUAAUUCUGGACCGGUACCCGAACCAAGUUCAAGCUUGCUUGCCAGAAUUAACUGCGCUACUCGGCCCUACGUCCGUUAUUGCUCCUAACUGGACGACAGCAUUGCUAUCAGCAGCACUCAAACACAAGAUUCAGGAUGGCAUACGCAAACUGGUCGGAAACUGGUACCUGGCAUAUGUCACUGAAGAGAAAGGUCCGAUCGCUGCUCACGCAAACUUUCUCGUCGAAGGAUACCUCCCGUGGGCAACGCAAGGGAGCCUCUUCACCUCUACCCUAGUCUCAGAUCGAACAAUAACGAGCUGCAGUCAUGGUGCAGCACUUUCAAAUGUCAUUACGAAGUUUAUCGUAGCGAUGCCAACGGAUCUGGAUCGACGGCGAUUGCUCGCAAAGGUUCUGAGCUUCAUCCUCAACACAGGAGGAAAGAUAUUUGCAUCAUCGGUCCUAUACCUGCUAGAAGGGCUUCUCAACGGCUUUAACGCCCAACCUACGACUCUGGAAGCAGCGGAAUUGGAACUCAUUUUUCGAAUCUCGCGAAUACCCAGUCUACCAGAGAUUGCCACAGAUCUUUGCUGCACAUAUUGCGUUCAGCUCAGUAAAUUUGCCGACCCUCUAUUGCUACAUCCUGAAGGCCUUCCGGGAUAUGGUGUCCUCAUGUCAAGGUUUGAGGCUCUUGGCAACUACCCACCCGCGGGCUCAGACAAUUCGAUGAAUCAGCAUUCGAUCUCUCAACUAAAAACCGACGACUCACCACUGCAAGGAUUUCUGGAACAGCUGCGUACGUCACGGCAUAAGUCUAUUCAGAACGAUGCAUUCGCCCUCGCUUGUGCUAGAUUCAUCGCAAUUCUCGACAAGAACUCGGCAACGAGCUUUCCGCCACAUGAACUGUUGGAGGUAUUGGAGGCAUAUUGGGAAGAAGCAGAUCGCCAGGAGUACCCCCGACCAGUCAUCAUCAAUUUGCCUCCCUUGUCCUUCCAUGCGACGUGUAUGCGGAUCUGCGUUCGCGAGCAUUCGAGUGGUGGCUCGGAUGAAGACAGCCCAUUGACGAACUUUCUCAGCAAGGCCGUCACGCAGCUGCAGCGCCUCACAGAAGGUAGAUCGUAUAUUCUGCCCGUUCUCGCAAUCGCUCUCCGGAAAGCAUGCUUCCUAGUCCCUCAAAUAAUGAGCAUCCUCCCGCUUGAACAUUUCUUCGUCCGGUUCAUCAACAACCCUCCGUACCCAAAAAGAGAAUUCCUAUUCGAAGCCGUCGCCGCGGGGAAGCUUCAGAAGUAUCUGCCACAUCGGGACUAUGCUUCGUAUUACGGGCAGCGCGAGUGGUACGGAUACGCAGCCAUUAUUGAUCUCUUUAAUCGGAUUCCAGAAGAGCAGCUUGCUCUUGCGAAGCGAGUGUUUGAUCGCCUUAUCGAGCCUUGGAGGGCGCAAAAACCGCCUAUUCCGAUCAUCAGCAAAUGGAAAGACGUUCUGCAGCUACAGGUCAUCUUGCUGUUGACCGAAUCCUGCAUUAAUGAGUCAGACGCUGAGCAGUAUUUGGACGUCUUCAUACAUGCCCUGGUCCUUGAGCCAUGGCCACGCUACCGAUUCCUCCUGGAGUGGAUAAUUGCUCGCAUCUAUUGUCGCUUCCCAAGUAAGACGCAGCGUAUAUUGAAAGACGUUGCGAGUCUAGAUGAGAACAGCCCAGUUCAUGUCGCAAGUUUGAUAAAGCUAGCCACCCUUGUUGCCCCGUUCUUGGAUUCGGAAGACUUCGCUCUCAAGCUCAUGAUACAACUCGUGCCCUUAUCCGCAAGCCCAAAGGUGCAUAUACGCCAUGAGGCUCAUUUUCUGUUUCCAACAAUCUUCGGGCUUGCCGAGGACAGAAAAUGGAGCACUAUCACAGACAAUCCGGCUUUUCAGGCCCUGAAUAACCAUGUUCGAGGCCUUGAUAAGUUCAGUGCGGCGCCCUCGACUAUCCGCACACUGACGCUGGAUGCCGUGAAAGAUUAUACUAUCGUCGACAUAUUUCAGGGUCGGUAUCUUACCAUUGAAACCCCAGAGAUAGAGCGCGUUGUGUAUGACGAGUUCGUCUCAUUAUACGCUGAGGAUAGCCGCCAUUCAUCCACCCAGAUUCCGCAAGCACAUACUCCCCUCGGAGAUACGGAGUCCAACCGGACGACACCAGAAAGUUCUUUGCCGUCAGAAGGUCAAGCGGUCAUAUCAGGAGAAGCCGCCGAGCCCAAUCCAGCGUUCUUUCAGACAAAGUCAGGUUUCGACGUCAUUUCCCUAUUGCCUGCCCCUGGUCCUCCUAGUGCUCAGACCAAACGUCCCGCCUCAGUGAUUCUCAUUGCCUCUUUGAUUGACAACCCCACGAAUCUAGGCGGCUUGUCACGUAUUUCAGAAUCAUUCGGUCUCGAAGCACUCUACAUUGAUGACCUGAAGAAAACUGGCCACAAAGACUUCAAAGCGACCAGCGUCACUUCUGAGAAGCACUUCCCGAUCCGCGAACUGAGGAUGCCCGCUAUACCUGAAUUUCUUGUAUCGCUCAAGCGCCGGGGGUAUGAGGUCGUAGGCGUUGAGCAGACAGACAGGAGCGGAAUACUUGGGGAAGAGAAGGGGGUUAAGGGUAUAGGCACGUUGCCUAAGAAAUGUGUCCUGGUGCUAGGAAGCGAAAAGGGUGGGAUCACGGCUGAGGUGCUGGCGGUUGUGGAUCGCUGUGUGGAGAUCAAGACGGUAGGAGUGACGAGGAGCUUGAACGUACAAACAGCCGGUGGCAUUGCUGUGUAUGAAUGGUGGCGCGAGUGGGGAGGGCAGAUCUGAGCUGGAUUGAGCGGUGCGGAAUAGACAGAAACUUGUUGUGG